AUGUCGGACGAGGUCUACAAGCGAGUAGGCCGUGGGGGUGCCGGGAACUUUUACUCCAAGAAGGACGUCGAGGACGUGGCCAAGGCGAGCAAGGCGUCAACAGACCUGGAAGCGCAAAAGACGGCCUCGUCGCUCGCACAACCCCCAGCCGCCAGCGGUGGUUCCGCCCCGUACAGCCGGGCGGGGCGGGGCGGCGCCGGCAACUUUUACGAUGGCGGGGACGCGGCCGACUCGGCCGAGCGCGAGGCCGAGGCCCGCAAGGCCCACGCGCUCGUCGGCGCCAGCCUCGCCCAGCCCAGGAGCGGAGGCCUGGGCGGCAGGGGAGGCGCGGGGAACUGGUCCGACGGCAACGGCGGCGACGGCGGCGCGGUGCCGCCCUGGGAGCGGCCGACUAUGGACCAACUGCAGGCCAAAAUAGUCAAGGACGUCGACGCCGGCCUGGCUCCCCCGCCCAAGACGUACCACCAGAGCGAACGAGAUGUAGAGUGA